AUGAGAACAACCCGUGCCAGGCCACAAGAAAAGCACUCAGGGUUGCCCGCAGCAAAUGCCAGCUGCGCUAAUGACUACUGGCUCAAGAUAAGUCAGAGGAUACAGGCCGACACAGACCAGGGCAACAAACAUCAAACAAGCCACGGGGCCGUCCACCGUGAAGAGUGUCCGUUGAAGACCAAGCCAGGCGAGAAUAUCACCGACAAAAAGAAGCAGAUGGAGCAGUGGGUAGAGCACUACCUUGAGCUCUACUCCACGCAGAACGUCGUGACCGGCGCAGCGUUCCCAGCUUCCCGUUCCAGACAAACUGGACGAGGAGCCAACAAAAAAGGAACUCGACAAGGCCAUCGACUGUCUCUCGCCGUCGGCAAAGCCCCUGGCAAAGAUGGCUUGUCCCCAGAGAGAGAGUUCCGUACCACGACACAUGCGUGGCACCAAGAUAGUGACUCUACACAAACAAAGGCGACCGUAGCGACUGCAACAGCUACCAGGGCAUUUCCCCUGUUGAGCAUUCUCGGCAAAGUCUUUGCAAUAAUCAUUUUAGCCCGACUGCAGUUCCUAGCGGCACGAGUUUAUCCUGAAUCUCAUUGUCAAUUCAGAGCAAGGAGAUCCAUCGACUUGAUCUUCUGUGUGAGACAGCUGCAGGAGAAGUGCCAAGAGCAAAGCGAACCGCUUUUCCUUGCCUUCAUAGAUCUGACGAUGGCGUUUGACCUCAUCAGCAGAAGUGGCCUCUUACAACUCCUGAAGAAGAUUGGCUGUCCCCCGAAGCUGCACUCCAUCAUUGUGUCCUUAUACACCAACAUGCUCAGUACAUCGAGCUACAACGGUUCAGCAUCAGACCCGUCCCCAGUAAACAGUGGAGUCAAGCAGGGCUGUGUACUAGUCCCAACCUUCUUCGGGAUCUUCUUCUCGAUGCUCCCGACUCGUGCCUUCAAAGGGAACGAGGAUGAAGUAUACCUGCACACGCAGUCCGACGGCAGGUUGUACAACCUGGCCAGGCUACGAGCCAAGAUAAAGGCCAAAAUAGUUGACAGAUUUCAGUACUUGGGGUUCACUAUCAGCAUAAACCUCUCUCUUGAGUCAGAGAUCAACUCCAGGAUCGCCAAAGCAGCCGCAGUGAUGUCAAAGCUACACAAGAGAGUGUGGGACAACAACAUGACGGUGAAUACUAAGAUGCCGGUGUACAGAGCCUGUAUCUUGUCCACACUCCUCUAUUCCAGCGAAAACCAUACGCCGCCCAGGAAAAGCGACGGAACAGCUUUCAUUUGCGAUGUCUAA